UUUGUGUGUCAGUUCUCCAACUAAUCUGUGCUAGUACGCGUACUGCGUAUAGUUAUUAGAGUAUAGCGAUUUUAAUAAUAAAUAUUAUUUACGUUUUAUUUUUUAUUACUUUCGCGUUUCGGAAUAUUUAAGUUGGAAGUUUAAAGCAACCUUUUGUAUGAAAUUGAUAACAAGACGCAGCUCGGGUGUUUUUUGUUUUUAAAACCACUGAGAUAACUUUUUGUCUUGAAUAUUAUUCGACUUGACUUAUUAAAAGUUGUGAUAAAAGUGAUAUAGUACAGUUAUAUUUUCCCGUAUCCGCAAUAAUUAAACAACGUUUGUGCAGAAAUCAUCAGUACGCCGAAUAUUUAUCAAGUUUUUGUUGACCUUUACGCAAUGUAAGGGCCAAGCAAGUAGGGUGGAGGGAUGGCAGCAGACAGCGCCACGGGCGCAAAGCGUGGGGCGGGGCCUAAUUUGUCCGGUGGAGUGCUCGUUGUUACGUCAUUGGUAGCAGGGGCCGCGGCAGGAGCGCUCGCGAAGACCGCUAUUGCACCUUUGGAUAGAACCAAAAUCAACUUUCAAAUCUCUAAUACACCAUACACAUGGCGCGGAGUUGUUGUCUUCGUACGAAACAGCGUCUCUCGCGAGGGUUGGAUCGCGUUGUGGCGCGGCAACAGCGCGACCAUGGCUCGCAUUAUACCGUACGCUGCGAUACAGUUCACAGCUCACGAGCAAUGGAAACGGUUGCUUGCUGUUGACACACCGCAUACCGCUCAAGAGGCGCCCUUACGUCACCUGAUAGCGGGAUCCCUUGCUGGAGUUACCUCACAGAGUGCCACUUACCCCUUGGAUCUGGCGAGGGCGCGUAUGGCUGUAGCGGACUACAGAUCUCUUAGGGCGGUCUUUGUAAGGAUAUUGAGAGAAGAAGGGGCGGUUACGUUAUAUAGGGGAUACGGUGCUACAGUAUUAGGAGUUAUUCCUUACGCCGGUGUUUCAUUCUUCACGUAUGACUCGCUCAAGCAUUGGCAUCUUGAUUAUUCAGGUACAGCCCCUCACGGUUUCACAAAUGUUUUAUUCGGCGGAGUAGCUGGGGCUUUGGGCCAAACGUCAUCCUACCCUUUGGAUAUCGUGCGCAGGCGCAUGCAAACCGCAAAACGAGCGCCUGAUGGCACAUACCCCUACCCGGCCAUAUUGCCUACCCUGGCAUAUAUUUACAGGACUGAGGGCUGGCGGGCAUUUUUCAAAGGCCUGAGUAUGAAUUGGAUUAAAGGACCCAUAGCCGUUGGUAUAUCGUUCGCGACAUACGACAAGAUCAAAACGACUCUUCGAGAAAUCGCCCUAACAUUCUCCUCGCUUAGGGAAAGCUUAUAAGUGUUGCCAUUAUAAAUAAUUAUUAGCACAAUAUGUACAGCGUGUUAUCACUGUGAUAUGGGAGUCGUGCAAUUAUUUUAUUUGUCUUUAGGAGCUGUUAAAGUUUUAAGCGUAAUAAAUCAUUUUAUUUGUCAAUUUAUGAUAUAUUUUUGUAAUUCAUAUUUAACAUUACAGUUUAUUUUAGUAGCGAAAGUGUUGCUAUGUUUAAAAAAUAUACAAAGUAAUGGCAACACUCCAUAGACCACAGACCAUAGCAAUACAGAUAAAAUUGUUCAAUUGUUUUUCUGUGUGUGUAGGGAAUAUGCAUAUUUUUAUAUCUUCAAUUGAUUAUUUACAUCGAAAUUUUGUACAAAAUCAGUCAGUCAAUAAAUAAUUGUUCUAGAUUCACUAAAAACCUAGUUGUAUUAAAAAUCGCCACAGAACUAAACUAUUUUUUCUCUACACUAAUACAGUCUGAAUAUCCACGCCUGACGUCACUUUGUUUCGACCAAUAGUGACGCGUUUUGAAAGAUCUAAUUUCCCUCCAUUAUUUUGCACUUUUAAAUUGUAUUUUAUUUACUAAUAACAAAAAAUAUCGUAUAUAUAAUAUUUUAGAUAGCUUUCAUGCAUAUUACCUGUCAGUAUACAAUACGUUGUGAAGUUAAACAAUUGCACAGUACAUAUACGAAUAUCUGUUAAUGCAGAUUAUAAUUCAUCUGUCAUAGUUCGUUACUGAUCUGUGGACAUUCGUGUUUAUUGCCUUUGCUUAUGUGUGUGUAACCGUAACUAAUAAAACACAAUUCAUUGUGAGUGUGUGGCACUACGACACUGAGGUAGUUUCGUUAACAUUUAUAUGUUUUAUGCUGUUUUAUUAAAUAUAAUUAUGGACUAUGAUAUGACAAUAAUGAAGUGAAAUAUUAUGGAAUUUUAAAUAUAUAUAGAAUAACAGUGUAUUAUAUAGAAUAACAUUUGUGUGGCUUAUAUGGAAUUUGUAACUAGUGUUUUAUGUAUUUAAAAAAAAAUUGAGGGAUUAUAUAAAUUUAUUACGUUAGGAAUCCGAUAUAUCUAAAGAGGUGUGUGAUAUAAAAAUGGAAGACGAAAUGAUGACACUUUUUAUUAUUGCUCAAAAGUAUAUAUUGUUUAAACAUUUACUAAGCUUUUACAUUACGUCUAUAACUAAAUUUUGAAGAGUCUCCUUUAUUUGCCUUAAAGAAGAUAGAAAAGAAGAAUUAUUUUAACAGAAUGAGCAGAUUAAGGUGCACAUUUUAUCGCGCUGUCAAAUAUGUCAAACUUCAUACAGAAAAAAUGGUUUGACAGCUCGGGAAACUUCAUUUAACUUUACUUGACGUUCUAGCCUGAGACCGAAUUUCUCGACAAAUCACAAUUGCGUCGUCGUUUCAUCUUUUGUUUUUAUCGACUACUGUCAGGUUGACAGCGUUUGUGCGAUUUAUUCAAGGAUAUUUGGGGUUAUUACAUAACUGUUAUAUGCAUAUAUGUUAGAGAUUUACAUUUAAAGAGAAAUACUAAGUUAUAUUCCCGGAAUGAAUGGGGAUGGAAGCUGGUAUAACACUAUAUGAUUUUAAUUGUGUGAUAUAAAAUGGGUGGCUGAUAUAUUUAUCCGUAUAUUAUCUUUUGUUUACUACACGCAUAAAAGGCUGAAGUGAUUCUAAUGGAUUUUGAUGUAACGCGUUUAUAUUUUGUGGGCUUUAUUUAGUAAAUUAACAAGUUGUUAUAAAAAUUUUGUUAUAGCGAAAUUGUGUUUUAAUUAAAUCACAAUGUUUAUAAUCAAAUGUUAUUGUAAUGUGUAUCUAGUCUAGUUGUAUAUAAAUGCAAUUGUUUUAGAAUAGUAAGAAUAUAUUGUCUUUUGUAAUUUUGUAGAAGUCGUUACAAGA